CUAAAGCAUAUGAUUUUCUAAUCUCUCAUCCUUCAAUCUCUUAGAUAUCCAUCCGAACCCCCAUUUAUUCUCUCUUUUGAUGGGGUUAUCUUCCCCCCUUUCGUGUCUUGCUUUUGAAUCCGAUGUGUCCACUGAAGGGAUUUCCAGUAAGAUCGACUUGGAGAAGUACAAGUUCAUAUCUGCCAUUAACGCAUUCAAGAAGCUCAGGAAUGACCCAAAUUGUCAGAUGUUGGAUAUUAGGGACAAGAGAGCUUUGGCAUAUUUGGAUUCACCCAAUUUGAAAAUCUUGAAUAAGAAGGUGUUGCAGGCUCAUUUCGUCGAAGGAAAGGAAGAUAUUUUUGUCAAGGAAGUUUUGGAGAACUUUCGGGAGCCAGAAAGCACCACAGUUUGCAUUAUAGAUCAUUUCGAUGGUAGGUAACUCACUCAAGGUGGCUGAAAUGUUGGUGAAAAAUGGUUUCAAAGAAGCCUAUGCAAUCCGUGGUGGGCUGAGAGGCAACAAAGGAUGGCAGGUUAUAUAUCUAUCUAUCCUAAAGUAAAUAUACAGAGUAUUU